AUGUUCAGCGACGGCGAGGACGACGACGUCCUGAUCCUCGAGCUCGGCGGCGAGAGGAUCGUCAUGCCGAAAUUCCGCGAGGAGGACGACGACCAGGACGCGGACGACGAGGCGACGACCUCGUCGUCGUCCGUCGUCGUCAUGUCGCCCGAGCUCGCCGUCGAACGCGUCGGCGUCGGGCCGUUCCAACGAAGGCUCACGGCGCUGUGCACGCUCGGGAACGCCGCGGACGCGGUCGAGGUCAUGUCCGUGGCGCUCAUCCUCCCCGCCGCGGGCGCGGACCUGGGGAUGACCGACGCGCAGAAGAGCGCGCUCGCGUCCGCGGUGUUCCUCGGCGCGUUCUUCGGCGCGCUCCUCGGCGGCGUCCUCGGCGACGCGAGGGGACGAAGGCUCGCGCUCGCGCUCGCGAUGGCGAUCAACGCGCUCUUCGCGCUCCUCUCCGCGGCCGCGCCGGACGCGACGACGCUGAUCCUCUGCCGCUUCCUCGCCGGCGUGGGCGUCGGCGGCGCCAACGCGGCGGUGUUCUCCGUCGUCCCGGAGUUUCUCCCGCGCGCGUCGCGAGGGAAGCACGCCGUCGUCCUCGCGUCCGGCUGGAUGUUCGGGAGCGUGUACGCCGCGAGCGCGGGGUGGGCGACGAUACCGACCCUUGGGUGGCGGACGUUCCUCGUCGCGUCCGCGCUGCCGUCGAUCGCGUGUCUGGCGGGGGUCGCCGCGUUCAUGCCGGAGAGCCCGCGGUUUCUCGCGUCGGUCGGCAGAGGGAAAGACGCCGCGGCGGUGCUCCGACGCGUCGCGUCGGCGAACGGGACGGCGCGCGAGAUCCCGGACGGGCUCAUCGUCCGCGCGAAGGCGAGCGGCGUCGUGAGCGGCGGCGUCGUGAGCGGCGGCGGCGCGAAGCGGGGUCAUCGCGAGGCGUCGUCGUCGUUCGCGUCGCUGUGCCGCGACCCGACGCUCUCGCGGAGGACGCUCCUCGUCGGCGCGGUGUGGUUUUUCGUCAGCUUCGGGUGGUACGGGCUCAUGCUCUGGCUCCCGGAGUACUUCGACCGGCGCCUGAGCGCCGACGACGACGACGACGGCUCGAGCGUCGCCGACGAUCGAGUGUACGCGUUCGCGCUGCUCGUCGCGCUGGCGAACCUUCCCGGGAACGUCGCGAGCGCGUUCGCCGUGGACGUCGUCGGACGAAGGACGACGGUGGCGUGGUGCUCGGCCACCGCGUCGCUCGCCGCCGCGGCGUUCGCGGUCGUAGGCGGCGGCGGCGUGAGCGGUUGGGGCGGGUACGUCGCGUGCGCGUGCGUCUUCAACGCGCUGAGCGUCGGCGGGUGGAACGCGCUCGACCUGUGGAGCGCGGAGGCGUUUCCGACGGCGACGCGGUCGACGGCGAUGGGCGCGUUGGGCGCGAUCGGACGCGUCGGGUCUCUGGUCGGGACGUCGGCGUGCGGGGCGGCGAUCGGGGUCAGCUUGACCGCGCCCGCGUGGAUCGCGUGCGUCGCGAUGGUGAUGGGGUCCGCGGGCGCGAUGGCGACGAACCUGGAGACGAGGGGCAGGGCGUUGGAGGACGUCGUCGGCGAGGAGGGCGGCGGCGGGGGCGAGGGGGAGGACGAUUCGGAGGAGCUUCUCGCGGACGUAGAACAGCGUAGUUAA